AUGAAGCUGCUGGAGGAGGCGUUCACGAAGGGCCGGGGCGGUCACGUUCGCCUCGUGCCGGACAACCCCGAGGACAUGUGGCACGUGUACAACCUCAUCCGCGUCGACGACCACGUCGACGCGGUCACCUUCCGCAAGGUCACCCGCGGCGGCGGCGACGAACACGCGGGCGCCGCCGAGUCCGAGCGCGUCAGGGUGCGGCUGCGACUGCGAGUCGAGGACGUCGCCUACGACGGCGAGGGCGACGCGGUGCGCGUCAAGGGCCGCAACACGACGGAGACGGACAGCGUCAAGCUCGGCGCGUACCACACCAUCACGCUCGAACCCAACAGGCCGGUCAAGAUCGAAAAAGUCGAGUGGGACGUCCUGGACGUGGACCGCGUUCGCGAGCUCUCAGACCCGGCAGCCACCGCAGAUCUCGCCGUGCUGCUCAUCACCGAGGGACUGGCCAACCUCGCGCUCGUGGGCGCGUCGGUGACGACGUUCAAGGCCAAGGUGGAGAAGGCGAUGCCGCGCAAGUCCGGGGCGGCGCAGAUGGGCUACGCCAAGGCGCUCGAGACGUUCCACCGAAACGUGGUAGCCGCGGUGGAGCGAUGCGUGGACUUUGCGAAGGUCAAGUGCGUCGUCGUCGCCGGCCCGGGGUUCGCGAAGGACGCGUUCAUGCGCCACGUGGACGCCACGCUGGCGCGCACAGCUGGCGGGGGGAGCGGGGGUGAUGGCCUGGCGUCGGAGCACAGGGGUAAGUUCGUCGAGUGCCACGCGUCGACGGCGUUCAGGGGCGCGCUUCGCGAGGUUUUGGAAAAUCCCGCCGUUAUGACUCUCAUCGCGGACACCAAAGCGGCGGCGGAGGUUCGCGCGUUGGACGACUUCUUCGAGACGCUCGCGGACAGACCCGACCGCGCGCUGUACGGCCCGGCGCACGUCCUCGCCGCGCACGACAUGCUCGCCAUCGACGUCUUGCUCAUCACCGACGCCAUCUUUCGCACGAGAGAUCCAAAUGCCAGGCGCAGAUGGGCGCGAACGGUGGACGAGGUUCGGGGCGCGGGGGGUAAGGUGCACGUGUUCUCGGCGGCGCACGCGAGUGGGGAGCAGCUCGGGGAACUCACGGGGGUGGCUGCGACGCUGCGGUUCCCGCUGCCGGACCUGGUCGACGCGGAGCUGCCGCCGCCGCAGUUUUAA